GAGGAAAUCUCGGCCAUGAAAAGAAGAGUCGCGGAGAUGGAAGCCGAGGCGCAGAAGCUGAGGGAGAUGCAAGCCAAUCUCGACAAGGAACAGAACGACCUGCGUGAAGACAAGGAGGACAUCGACGGUCGGAGUAUCUUUGUCGGCAACGUUGACUACGACGCAAGCCCCGAGGAGAUCCAGGCUCACUUUCAGAGCUGCGGAUCCAUCAACCGCGUUACCAUCCUGCUUGAUAAGCACACAGGACAUCCUAAGGGGUACGCUUACGUCGAGUUCUCAGAGCCAAACCUAGUCGCUCAAGCACUCGUUCUGAACGAGAGUAUUUUCCGCGGCCGCUCGCUGAAGGUCGUCCCGAAGCGUACGAACGUUCCAGGCAUGUCCCGUGGUCGAGGCCGCGGUGGCCCUCCUAGGGGUCGGGGCGGCUACCCUCCUCCAUACCGUGGCGGCUACGCUCCCCGCGGCGGCGCGUACCGGGGCGGAUACAGAGGACGUGGAAGAGGUUACGCGCCAUACUGA